AUGGCGAGCAUGGAGAUGGCAAGUCUCGCUCAAAAAAACUAUCGAAAAGUGGUACUAAGCGAAAAAUAUCUGAGGCAAAAAACAGGAGGAUCUGUGAAAAAGGCCAAGAAACGAAAGAAGUCUAAUGUCAUCAGUUCAGAUGAAGAAGAUGUAUUACCCCCAAGACUCCAAAAGGAAGUAAAGAAUAAACAUGAGAAGGAAAAACAAAGAAAACCCCAGACAAUCAAGGGAUCUUCAAAAAAAAUGGUUGUAACUGCAUCUGACUAUUUUGGCUCAAAACCUGUGGAGAAAGCCCUGAAAAUGGCAAAGAAGCGAAAAGAGCAUGUAAAUGACGAUUCUGAAUUGAAGACCAUGACAAGAUGUAGUAGAAGUGAUGAUAUUACAUUGAGUGAAAAAGAGAUUGAAUGUGAAAAUAUAGCGGAAAAGCCAUCCAAAAAGUUUAUUUUGUCCCAUAUUUCUACUGGUGGAAAAAGCAAUUAUGAGACAACAGAUAAAGCUUUAAAGGUCAAAAGUAACAUCCAAGAUUUUAAAUGCAAAGAAUCGUCAACAAAGGCCUCUAAGAAAACACAAAAAUCUAAACAAAAUGCAAAGACUUUAGAAGAAUCAAAAAAGAUGUCUAAGAUUAAAACCGAAGCUUCAGAUAGUAAAAUGUUAGUAAAACAAAUAACAUCUGUUACUGAAAAUUCUCAAACCAACAAUAACACGGCUGCCAAGUCAAUCAAAGAUGAUAUGAAGUCAGCUAAACCUGCGAAUACAACUCCUACAAAGUCGAAGUCUUUGUAUACAGGAAAGAACAUCUCACCUCAAAAGAAAACUGAGCCAUCUCACUCAACACCUCAAUCGAAAAGCUCAAAGUCUAAGAAAAGUAUGAAUCCUGUAACUCCCGAAACACCCAAAGCUGCCCAAAAGGUUUCAUUGGAAGGAUCCGAUGGAGGACAAUAUAAGGAUUCGACCCCUUCUUCGUUAGAGAGAAAGCAAUCUGGAUAUCGUAAUUUCAUGUCACGCGAGGGACCACGUGCCCUGGGAUCUAAGGAAAUUCCCAGGGGUAGUGAAACCUGUUUGUUAGGAAAAGUAUUUGUUAUAACUGGAGUUCUUGAGAGCAUUGAAAGAGAUGAUGCAGUUGAGUUAGUCAAACGUCAUGGUGGCAAAGUUACUCAAGCUGUAAGCAAGAAGACAAACUACAUCAUUGUAGGAAGAGAUCCCGGAAUGUCAAAAUUAGAAAAGUCCAAACAAUUAGGAACAAAACAAAUCAGUGAAGAUGAAUUGUUUGAGAUGAUUCGAUCUUCAAAUGCAGCUGAAGAAACAAAAUGCAAGAAAGACGAGAUUGUUCAAAACCACAGUUCUUCUCAAUUCAGCGAUGACACAGACAGUCAGAGAUCUGUUACUGAUAAAUCAACUGGUUUGUCGAGUCAAGCAGGGAAUAGUCAGUCGUCCAUUAUUUCUUCUGCUUGCUCAGCACCAGCAACUCAGACACCUGUUUCAUCACCAAUAGCUGGAGAUAGAUCAGGCGAGAGUCUGCUGUGGGUAGAUAAGUACAAACCCAGGACACUUAGGAACAUUAUCGGUCAGCAAGGAGAGCGAAGUAAUGUGAACAAGUUGCUCCGUUGGUUGAGGAAUUGGCAUAAAAAUCAAAUAUCUGGAAAGCCUAAAGGAGAAAUUUUUUAAUACUUUAAUAGGUUAUUUUGUCGGAAAGAAGAUGGCUCAAUAUUUAAAGCUGCUUUACUCUCUGGUCCUCCUGGUGUUGGCAAGACAACAAGUGCCCAUUUAGUUUGUCAAGAAGCUGGAUUCUCAUUUGUGGAGUUUAAUGCUAGUGAUUCAAGAAGUAAAAAGACUCUAGAACAACACGUAUCUGAACUUCUCGAUAACACUACUGUCGAUUCGUAUUUCAGUGUCUCAGGAAAAAAAUCCUUAAAUACAAAUCAUGCCCUCGUUAUGGACGAAGUUGACGGUAUGGCUGGCAACGAGGAUCGUGGUGGGAUGCAAGAGCUCAUUAAUCUUAUUAAGUCAACAAAGAUCCCCAUCAUCUGCAUGUGUAAUGAUCGAAACAGUCAGAAAGUCAGAAGCCUUGCAAAUUAUUGCUUCGAUUUGCGCUUUCAGAAACCCAGAGUUGAACAGAUCAAGGCUGCGAUGAUGAGCAUUGCUUGUAAAGAAGGUGUGAAAAUUUCUGUUUCAGCCAUGGAAAAUAUCGUUAUUGGAGCAAAUCAAGAUAUUAGACAGGUCUUAUACAAUCUUUCCAUGUGGACAGCUAGGCAAAAGUCUCUGUCCUACGAUGAGACGAAAACCGAGGCUGGUAGAGCUCAAAAAGAUGUGAAAAUUGGUCCAUUUGAUGUAACAAGAAAGAUCUUUAGUGCAGAGGAAAGUUCUAAAAUGAAAAUCCAAGAUCAAUUUUCUCUGUUCUUUAACAAUUAUUCAUUAAUACCGCUCUUCUCACAAGAAAACUAUUUACAAGCUUCUCCAUAUAAGGCAAAGGGUGAUAUGAAAGAAAUACUAAAGUGUGUAAGUGAUGCUGCAGAGUCAUAUUGUCAUUCUGAUCUUGUUGAAAAAUGUAUUCGUGGCAAUAAUAGCUGGAACUUGUUGCCCUUACAGGCUUUUUUCUCCUGCGUCCUGCCAGGAUCUGUAAUGCGUGGAAGAAUAGGUCACCGGAUCGAGUUUCCUUCCUGGCUUGGAAAGAAUUCAACAACUUCUAAAAACUCAAGAAUUUUACAGGAACUAGUUAGCCACGCGCAAUUGAGCAUUUUCUGCAGCAAAAAUGAACUAAAUUUGGACUAUAUCCCUCAUUUAAGAAACGCCCUUAGCAGACCAUUAAUCAAUGCUAACAGCGAUAAUGCACCUUCUAAAGUUGCCGAAGUCAUUCAGAUUAUGGACGAUUAUAAUUUUUUGAAAGAAGAUUGGGAAAAUAUCAUGGAAGUCGGACUGUUUGAUGGAAUGCAAAAGCCUCAAAAUGCGAUUGAAUCAAAGGUAAAAGCGGCGUUUACCAGGAUUUAUAACAAAGGAUCUCAUCUUACGCCUUAUUCAUCAAAUGUUGGUGCGAAGAAGAAAUCGAAAAAAAACACUAACGCUAACUUAGAAACUGAUGAGAUUGGCGUUGGUGAAGAAAUGGAUGUAAGUAGUGAUGAAAGUGAUCAAGAUAUUGCCGAGACUUUCAAAGUUAAAAAGAAUGCAAAAUCUGUGGUAAAGAAGGGGCAAAGUAAGACGAACACUGCAUCAACCAGUAAAUCACGUGCUAAGGGAACUGGGAAAGGUAAAAAUAAGAAAUAGUGACAAAACAUUAAAAUGACCGUUUGAAUUUAUUGUAAAUCUCUAAAAAGAUAUUGGUCAGGAUAUGAUUGGACUAAAAUGUAUUCCUGUUGAUAACUCCUGCCUUCUUCCCAACAAGAUUUUGAGCAGGUGUAAACGAAGACCAUCCCAAAUUCUAUAGAAGCUGAGUUCACAUUUCUUUGCCAUGAAAAGAUGUCCUGCUCAUUUGCAGUACAAUUGUGCUCAUUUAGAUCUUCAUUAUUCAAAUAAAUCGCACUAUUGUCCUUCUCAAUCUUCAGGUGAGAUACUAGUGCUGGCAUUAACUGUAGUUCGAAUACUCUCCUCCCGCAUGUACUGCAUGCUGGGAUAGUUCCAAUUGACUGUGAUGUCAUGGGGAGUGGUUUUCCAUCCCAUUUAUACCUGUAAAUAAGAAAUUCAAUUUUCAAAAUCAAACCAAACCACCAUUCGUGUUUGAAUACCACUAGUCGAAAUGUGAUGAACUUAAAAACUUUUUAAAAGAUUAGACAAGUUUCAACACAAUUUUUUAUGAAAAGGUGGACUGUCAAAACAUUGGAAAUAGGAGAACUAGUUGAAGAGAUUUACCUAAUACACUGUUCUGGACACAAA